UGUGUACUAUGUUGUUCGUAGUAACUAGUUCCUAACUUCGUCAUCUGUGGUGUUGUUUAACUUGCAAGAGGCGAGUAGUAGCACGUGUUUUAAGGUUAAUAAGUAAAUAUUUAUAAAAAUGGUUAAAAUAAAGGUUAAGAAGGAGAAAAAAAAAGAUUCUAAAACGCAAGUACCGGUCAAGACUGAAAAUAUGGUAACUUUACCUCCUGUUCGAAUGUCUGAUGAUCCUACCCCAAAACAAGUUAAAUGGAUAAAUAGACAAAGAGUUUUAGUAUUUGCUGCACGAGGAAUAAAUCAUCGCCAUCGUCAUUUGAUGGAAGAUAUAAAAAAACUCAUGCCUCAUCAUAAAACUGAAUCUAAAAUGGAAAGAAGUAAGAACUUAUAUGUGGUUAAUGAAAUAAGUGAAAUGAAGAACUGCAAUAAGUGCAUUUUAUUUGAAGGAAGGAAGAUGAGGGACUUAUACCUUUGGAUGUCUAAUAUACCCAAUGGCCCGAGUGUAAAAUUUUUAGUAGAAAACAUUUACACAAUGGGUGAGCUCAAAAUGACAGGCAAUUGUUUAAGAGGUUCGAGACCAUUAUUAUCUUUUGACCCUCAGUUUGCUAAAGAUGCUCAUUAUGCUCUUUUGAAAGAGUUGCUGAUUCAAAUCUUUGGUGUGCCCAAACACCAUCCUAAAAGCCAGCCCUUCUUUGAUCAUGUAUACACAUUCAUGAUACUUGAUAAUAGAAUUUGGUUCAGAAAUUACCAGAUCCUGUCUGAAGAUGGAGCUUUGGCUGAAAUUGGCCCAAGAUUUGUACUCAAUCCCGUGAAAAUAUUCUCUGGCUCCUUUGGUGGUUCAACAUUGUGGGAAAAUUCUAAAUAUAUUAGCCCUGCUAAACUAAGACAAGCAUUCUCUAAGAGAGCUGCAAAUAAAUAUGAAAAGAGAAUUGAAAAGAAAGUCCUCAAUGAAGCAAGUAAACCAGUUACUGGGUACCCAGAUAUAGAAGAUGCUUCCUUCUUUAAAGGUGACCCAGUAAAGAAAGCUGAGAAUGUGGUUAUAAAAGACGAAAUAAAAGAUGAACCAAUGGAUGAAGAAGAAAAUAAAUCACCAGAUACUAGUACUGUAAAAUCUAUCAAGAAAUCCAAAACUAAACCUGACAUGGCCAUCAGACGGAAGCAACUUAAAGCUAAGAGUAAAAAGAUUUCAGAUCAAAUUAAAAAAAGAAAACAAUUCAAAAAGAAGAAACCACUGAAGUCAAAAUGAAGGAAUUAAAUAAAACAAAUUUAAUAUUGACACUCAAA